UAGCUGUUGUAUAUACAGCGCAUGACUGCUAGGCUACGUGUUUUACUUUUACAUUUGGUGGUAUAGCUAAGCUGUAGCUCAACUAGAUACAAUAUUUUUUUUCACUUUUAAAAUAAAAGUCUUUGCUUGGGCCUACCAACAGAUAGUUUCAUUAAACUUUGCUUUGAGAUUUUGUGUUUGGACAGAAAUUUCCUUUUUUACUGUCCCUGUCCCUGGGGUGUUGUUGUUGGAAAAACAAAAGUGAACGACAAAGAAAUCCAAUGAAAGUAGCGCACAGUAGUUAAGCAGGACUUUCUUUUUUUCUCUUCUAGCUAUAGGCUCACAUUUUUAUCGCAUAUCAAUUUUUCCCACUGUUCGCAUUUUCCCACUAGUAAACAUCUAAAAACACCCCAAAUAAUUUUGCAUCAGCAGAACUGUUCUGCACAGAUAAUAAACCGUGUCCUGAUCAGCAGCUUGCCCCGGUUAAAAACACAUAAUCAGGACAGGCCUGUUUAUGUACGACAGUCUAGUAUCAUUUGUUGCUUAAAAAAUAAAGAUGAUCAGACUUUACAACAGUCUAAUAUUAUUUGAGACUUAUUUUAUUCGUGACAAGCAAAUAGCCCUGGUAGCAAAGUUGUUGUUGUUCUCAAAUGAAACGAAAUUUCGUGGAAACUAAAUUUAGGAAUUCGCAAUUUUAAUAACUUUUCGCUAAACUUAAUUCUCGCUAAACAAGUAAUUUAGGUCAUCUUCAGAAUUCCAUUCCUGCGAAAAAUAAAAAUGAACCCACCCACCGCACAAUCCAGUUAGUUUUCAAUGGGGUUUUAUCAUGCAGAGAAAAGUUAAAUGCUAUUGUUUUUCACGAAGAUGUAUAUGUCACUGGAAAUUUAAAUUUUGUAAGGGAUGCCUUGUACCUGCCUGGCGAACUUAUGUGACGCUAUAUGACUUUGGACGCCAUACACCAUUCUCCGAUUUCAGCGCGAUCAUAAUUUUAAAAUGACGUAAUCUAAUAAUGGCGGAUUUCGUAUGUAAACAAACCCUUAACGUGAUCGAACACAGUAAGCGUUACUAUUUCUUAUGGUAAACAAUUAAUUAAAUAGACCUUUAAAUUAUUUUAAAAUAGUUUUUUAGUAACAUAUUAACUUUAUUUAUAUGAAAAGAUGCAAUAUGUGUUUAACGAGUCAAGUUGAUGUGCUAAAUGCCAUCAAUUUCUCAGCGUCAUUUUUGUAAAAAUAGUUUUACUACGCUUCUUAAUAUCAAUUUAGAAAGGGUUGCGGAGAGGUUGCCAAGGCAAAGGCAUUAAGCACGGCAAUGAGACAGGAAUAGGAAUCAGCAAGGCAGGGGUAGGCAAGGCAUGGGAGGCACAGGCAAGGGCAUAGUAGUAGGCAGGCACGAUAAAAGGCAUAGGAAGGGUAGGCAGGGGCAGGAACCUCAACAGAAACUCUCCCCCUACAACUCAAAAAUUACGUAUAAUAAUGUACAAUACAACAAUAUAGAAAGGAUUGCAGAGUGUGGGACUGCCCCCCCCCCCUAGGUAUUCAAGCAAAAAUAUUUAGUGUUCCUUAUUUUGAAAAGAUUCCUUGGCAGGACAAACAUGUAUAAUUGCCUUUUCUAAACAUGACAUUUUUGUGAUAUGUAAAUGAAAGUGGUUAUUGUUGCCCUGUCCAGGAUUUGAACCUGGAUCUCUCAUUUUCAUGAGUGUCUUAGCCAUUAGACCAACAGGGCAUAUAUAUGAAAAACUUUACUGGUGCAUAUGCUUAUGGAUUUACAGCACAUAUAGCCAUUUAAUUCUUCUUGUGGAUAAUAAAAUUCAAUUUUUUCUACUAAAUAGAUGGGGGGACCUGGUGUUGAAAAGUUUGGAUAAGGAACUGUAUUACCCAAUAUUAAACAUCUGGUGGAGCGAUUAAUAGGAAACUGUGCCAUCAUUCAUGUGGAGCGCUUUAGUAGAAGCAUGCAGUAUAUCAUAAAUCGGGUGAAGCACACACACAGCAUUAGGGAGUUUUAGGUUAAUAUAUUUUUAAAAUACAGUUUACAUGUCGUGUCCAUCAUAGCAAAUUUUCUCAAAAUGUUUGCGGAAAAACUUAAAAUAUGAAUUGUAAUCCACGGUGAGCGCUUAGUACAGGUAAACAAUGUCGCACAUCCAUAUAUAUAUUUUCAUAUAUUUCAUUUUAUUUCGUACAACAAGUUUUCAUGACAGUAGGAUUAAAAAGCUCUUAUUCCAAACUGAACAGAAACCUCAAAAGUAUAGCAAUAAACUAGGCUAGCUUGGUACUUAAAUAGAGCCGGGCUUAAAAGGAUUCCUGAAUUGAAAAUGUUAUUUUGUAUGUUAUAGAGGAUAAAAAAUGUUAAAAAUCUUCCUUCGUUCUCAAGUUUAUGUCAGCAAAAUUGGUAGUUUUAUCACAGCUAAGUAGUUAAUUUUAUGCUAGCUUUGUAUAGCUAGUUUUAUGCCAGUUUUACGUUACCUAUAUAUUUACAUACUUGCUCUAUUUUAUGCCAGCUAAAAGCCUUAAAAGUGUUUUUUUUACUGUUGGAAAGGUGAAUAAUCUUAAAAAACGUAAUAAAACAGUACAGCUAUCCGCCAUCAAACUGUUCAAACUUCUUUAAAAAAGGCAGCAAGUUAGCGUUAUAUUUCUCACCAGAACGGUGGUUCACACGAACACAUUCCUAAAACACGAGUUGUGGAACAUGUGUGUGAGCUCCUCCAUCUUUCUAGUGCAUAAUCUUCAUUCCCACAUACAGAAAAAGCACAACGUCUAACCAUGUUUUAUAUUCGAAGACUGUACGUCGACUGUUGAACACGCUUUGUUUACAUACGAAAAUGUAGAUUAGUGCCGAGGCCCCUCGCGGUAAAUAUGUAUUUUACAGAACAAGCUGAAAUCGGAGAAUGGUGUAUUAGAAAUAUAACACAUUCAGGCCCUAAAGUCCUUGCAAGAAAUGAAUCAGUUGGUUGGCUGCAUUUUUUCCUGAGACUUUUCGUUUAAACUUUUAAAAUGCGAUCUUAAAAAACAUUUCUUUCGCCGCUUUUCGUUUUUAAACUUUUAAAAUGCGAUUUAAAAAAACCAUUUCUAUCGUCGCUUUUCCUUUUUAAACUUUUAAAAUGCGAUCUAAAAAAAAAACCGCUUAAUUACUGCAAUUAUAAUUUUCAAAAGAGUUCGUGCAAAAUAGAUUACUAAAAUUGACCUUGCAACCUAUUGUGAUUAAACAAUCGAUUGCGUGGGGUCAUUGUUUAUCAGUGAGGCAAUUAUUUUCUUAAAGAAACAAAAGCUAUCGCAAUGUUAUUGUUCUGUGUAACUAUUCAUGCAAGUUUUGCGUCUGCGGUAGAUUACAUUCAGACUACUGCAGUCUCAGGAGUCCCCAAAAUUUAUUUCGAGGGCUGCCAUCGCACACUACAAAAUGGAUUUUAUAGGUUGAUUUUGAAAACUCAAUAUUUAUUUUUCAGGCAUGCGAUUAAUCACAGGCCUGACUGUUUAGGCAUGUGCCAAGGCGUGUGCGUGCGAUCGCACGCCUCUCCUGAAAAAGACUGUAAAGGGCACGGCUAACAUACUUUUGGAGGUCUGAGCAUUGUACCAUGUCCACAAUACUUUUUGAUGUAAGAGAUCAAUGACAGGAAAUUAUCCAGAUGAUUUUUGAAGCAAACUUGUAAAUGAACUUGAAAUAUAUAAAGGCUGAAAGGGCUGCAAGUUUACAUUAAAAAGUGAAGAAUGAGAUUUGGCUGUGAUAUAGGAUUUUUUGGAAAAUAACUUAACUUGUCUGACCGACCAACUUACUUUUGUAGCCAGAAAUAAUGCUAUCCAACCAUAUUUUGCAAGGAUAAUAUUUUAUACAAGGCUGUGAAUGUUUGUAUACAGACACUGGUUGUUGAAGGUUAAAAAAGCAGAAUUAUAUGGGCAAAAUUUUAUUAUAUUAUAAUUUAUAUACACAGAUUUUUCUAGUUUCUACUUAAGAAAAAAUAUAGGGUUUUAUUCCACGGAUAUGUGGUGUGAGGGUGAGCUAAAGCAAUAUUUUAAAUUAGAUUUGUGCUUUUCGUCAAGUAAUUCCUCCACUUUUCAGAACUCCCCUGAAUUACUCCUGAAAUGCAAAUCAAUGUUUUCUAUUUUGUUGAUUUGGCAACAAAAAACAACCCUUAAAGUAAACAGGUGAUGUAACAACAAUCAAAUUGUAUCAAAUAAACUUAAUGCCAAAAUAUUUUAACAAAGUUUGCUUUUGAUAACUUUAUAUCUGCAAUAUUAUGUUUGAUAUUAUAUGCAUAAUUUUUGAGAAGUUGUAAUGUCCUGGUGUUACUAUAAACUCCUGCCACUAUGGAAUUGCUUUAUUACAAACAUAACAUUAAGGUUUCUUUUCUUAUGUUUAGAAUUGAGACAGACUUUUUGGGGCAAAAGAGUCAUGCAACUUUUUUAGCGUAUUUGUUGAUUUUUUACUCAAAACAGUGCAUUUCUGCUAUUUCCCCAGCAUUGUCUAUUCAAUCAUUAAAAAAGAGUGCACUUUACAGGCCCGGUCGGGAAAAUGUACCCCCGCGAGCGCUACAUCGCUCACGUAUAUUAAUCUGCAUGAGCGAUCCACGUGCGAUUACAAAAGCUCGUGCAAAUUAGUUUGCGUGAGUGGUCAAUGAAACAUAAAAGUUACGACAUGCACAUGCUUGAUCUGUAAAAUAAAACUAAAAAUAAUCCAGUCGUCGCUGAUCAAAAAUAUCUACAAAAAGGCUCGAUCGAGCCCUUAAAAUUAGAAUUUUUUUACAACUGAUUUGCGUCGGCAUUGUGUCGGCAAUAUUUUUUUGUAGUGAAAUUGUUCAGCUGGCAAUAUUUUUCGUCAUUCACCUUUUAUCAGGGCUAGACCUCUUAUUCGAUGCACUGAUCUCCUAAGACGAUGACAAAUGAAAAUGGAGUGCAAGUCUUAUUGACAUACCUUCUGGAUGGUGAACUUCGUUAGGUUAAUAGUUCACUAGGGCAUCAUUAGGCAUCAUUAGGUUGUAUAUCGCAGAAGUCGCCGGUGACAUGCUUCGAAAAUGCUUGCCAGCAGUACAGUUUAACAUGAAGAAAAACUGUACAGGAGACUCAAUUGUUAGAGUCUUUGCACAACAUCUUUCCUCACAAAACCGAGGGUAGGUCUGACUUAUUGCCUGCUGUGUCGUGUGGGAGAAAGAACUUCUGGACUUCUUUUUAAUACAUUAUACAAUUUUUUUAUUAUUAUUACGAAUCGAAUAGAACGCGAAGAUGUGUUGGCAGAUUUGCUAUAUUUUUAAAACUUUAUUCCACAUGUUUUUUCUUUGGUAUUACAUCACGAGAACAUUCGUCUGAAAGCUGUAUUAAAGUACAGGGCACCUAACCUCUCCCAUGUUCUGGUUAUAUUUAACUUGCAUGGGUGCACACUUUUCUCGCAGUAUUCUCUGUGACGAUGAAGGCCGGGAUGACUUGUGGCAUGGUUCCAAAUGGUCUUCCGUCUUUCGUUCGAGUCUCAGUGUAAUGCACCAGCCAACCAUAAGAGUGUCAGCAUGAAUAAAAGGGGCCGACCUUAAUGUUCUCUUUAGCUCAUGUUAUUCACAAUAACACGAUUGUUAUUCACAAGCUUUGCGUUUUUGGUGGUGUUUAUUUAGUAGAUUCUCUUAAAAUGUGAGAAAAAUAUAUGGUAGGAUCUCUAGAAAAUUCUGAUAAAUUCUCUUACGUGAGCGAUAAAUUGCUCGCGUAAAUUUAUUGCGCGUGUGUGGGCGUGUGCGCGUGCGAUCGCACUAGUCUCCUGACCAGGCCUGACUUUACGUUAAUUUCUCCAUGAUAAAUGUACCAUUUUUUUCAUUUGUUUGUUUGAAUAUAUUGUUGUUUUUGUGUAAGCUUUAAAAAUUUGGUUCCAUUCAAUGUAUUUCUUAUAUAAAUGGUCCUUUUUACUUCCGUUUUUAAAAAAAAAUAGCUAAGGCUAUUUUCCACUAUAAGAAAAUUUUCAGCACAAUUGAACGAACAGGAACAGAAAAGCUUCUGAGCAUGUGUACUUAAUCUUUAUACCAUGUGAGUGGAAAAUUUUCUUUUUCGUUCCGUUUGGGUAAAAGUAAUCGAGUUUUCUUAGUGUUCUAUGUUGAGAUAAUUGACAGGUAGAAAAUUCAUUGAACCAUUAAAAUUAUUUAAUUUUGUGAGAAUUCUACAAUUUUUCUAUUGUAUUGAAAUACAUUAAGUGGAUAAAAUUUGGCAAGUAUUUUCAAAUGACCAAAAUGGAAUAUUUGGCGGGGAUUUAAUUUAGUGAAUGAUAAAUUUUAAAGAAUUUGGCGAGGAUUUAAUUUGGAGAAUACAAAAAUAUAUAUAUUUUGGCGGGGAUUUAUUUUGGCAAAUGACACAAAGUAAUGAAUUUUUAUGUUUUUGAAAUGUUUUAUAAAAAAUAAGAAUAAACGUAUAUAUAUAAACACAAGAUUUGUUAUAAAGUUAAAAAUUCUAUUCUUUAUCAUCGUCAAUAAAAAAAAAAGUUUGUUUUUAUGGGAGUAAAAGAUUUGUCUUUUCUUAAUUAAAAAAAACGUAUUUUCUUUUUUAAAUCAAAUUCGCCAAAUUUAAUCCUCGCCAAAAUUUAUCCACUUAGGGUAUGUGCAAUAAUAUGAAGUGGAAAUUCAUUGCUAGCAGAAUAUUUUAUAUUUUGUUCUUUUCCCUUCUGUUCUGCGGAAAAUUUUCAUGAAGUGGAAAACAGCAUUUUAGGGAAACAAAACCUGUAUGCCAAAUGCAUGAAUUUACAGGUUGAGCAUGGCGUUGUGUCCAUAACAUAGUGUAAAUUUUUCCUUUUCAAUAGGGUGGGAAUGUAUGAACAAAUGAAAUUACUUUAUUGGUUUAUUAUCGCAUAUUGUUUAUUUUAGAAAACAUGAAGUGAACGCCAGUCAUGUCCAACAAAAAACGCAAAUCAGAAAUUGGAAUCUCCAUUUUAGAACACAACAGCAAUUGUAAAUUGCUUUCUUUUCCUGAUCACAUUCUGCUGCAUAUAUUUCAAUACCUUGACACUGUGUCGCUUGUCAAGUUGGCGUUAGUAUCAAAAAGAUGUUAUCAUGUCACUGCAGACGCAAGUCUCACCAAGUUCAUAGAUCUUCGAUCGCACCCGCUCUGCUUAAGAAAUCUUUGGAAAGUUCUCAACAGAAGACUGGCUGCUGCAACAUUGUCAUUCAAUGUCCGUGGUAUCACACAAGUUCAUUCUGUGAUGGAAAAACUUACUGUUCCAUUUUUAAACCGCCUGAGUGAUAAAUGUCCGUGCUUGAACUCUCUUAGUCUAGAGCGCUUCGAUUUGAGGGAGGUGCCGUUAACUGCACUUAAUCAAAAUCUCACAAGUCUUUCUCUAAAGGAGUCAAUGCUGUCCAUGGGUUGGUUCGAUGAUUUAAAGAAUGGAUAUUCUAUGCCGAAUUUGAAACAUUUAAACUUGCAUUCAUGUAGUAAAAUUUCCAACAACGAUCUUCAAACGGUUUCAAAUUUGCAGAACGUCGAAACACUGAUUCUUUGCAACUGUUUCCGAAUUUCUGCAAGAGGUAUUCCAAACAUACAAGCUCAUAUGAAGAAGCUGACCCACGUGGAUUUUUCUGGCUGUCCAGGUAUAAACAACGUUGCGCUGCACUAUAUGGGCAAGUUACCUUUGAAACACCUUGCAUUGCGGUUUUGUCACUUGAUAACUACGCAUGGAAUUAAACUGCUAUUUUCGCUGCAUGUUGGUGAUACACUGAAAGUGUUAGAUAUUUAUAGCUGUCACGAAGUUACAGACGAUGCAUUGGACAUUAUAGCCGCUAAUGCAACGUGUUUGCAUAGAUUGGACCUUAGCAGAUGCAACAAGUUAACCGUAGAUAAAGUAGGCGAUUUAAAACAGAACCUUCCAAAGUGUCAUGUGUUUUUUGAGUUAGUGACUGAAACAUCAGAAUGUACUGAAACGAAUUUUCAAGCAUGUGCCAGAAUGGUUUCAAAGAUAGAGAUAAUAUGAGAGCGCUGCAUUCGAUUCCCGACCUUUCAAAAGCGGUAAAAAACUUGACAAUGCCGAUCUUGACGUAUUUAGGGCAGAACAUUCAUUCGUUGUAUUUUUCAUCAAAUAUACAAAAUACUCUGACACUGUA